GAUAAAUUGGUUUAGCGUGUUGAAGAUAACAGGCGAAACUGUUCCUUAUUUUCAAAUGCGCUAACAUUUCAUUCACGAACGUAAUAUACGUGUUUCUUCAAAUUCGCCAUUUCUGCAAGCUGUUCGGAUUUUCGUUGGUUAUCUAACUUUCAAUUUAGCUGAACAUCAUUACGAAAGAGCGCUUGGAUUUCUAUUAUCGCAUCAGCCUCUUAACUCAUUCACUAGAAAUAUGUUCUCAUCAGUAUUUCGUUUCGCUGCUCACUGAAGAGCAGUUGCAGUUAUCAUUAGAUUACAGUCGUUAAAGUAUUGCAUUAUAAAAUCUGCAACGAUGCAUUCCAAAACGAUACACCGUCGUUACUCGGAUGUCUUAUGGCGUUAGAUAUCUUCGUAACCCGAGCAAGGAAGGAAUUUUUGCGAGACGAUACACGCGCGAUCGCAGCAACGUGUUCGAAAAAGUAACGAACGAACAGCACUCAUCGCCCUGCGACUUUUUAAUCGAUUUCCUAAAUGUAGGAGUUUAUCUUUUGCAUCUUCUAGACGCUGCUCCCCGGUGAUCUCGUCAGUAGAAAAUUUUCCAUUUCUUUAUCUUUCCUUUCUUUUUCAAACUGAACGAUUCGAGUCGGUUCGAGAUUCUUGGCCAUACUGUUUCAUGGAAGAUCAAGUCGAAGAUCAGAGGAUAAGACGAAGAAGAGGAAGCGCCACGUGGCGAUCUGCGCGUAGAACAGGGUCCUCUGGAAGCUCGGUUACAGUCCUGCAGUCCCUACAGUGUUGAAUUGCAUGAUUAUCGCUUCUUUAUAAAGCAGCGAAUUAAAAUGUUGAGAACAGAAGGUGCUAAGUUGGUGAUACGCAUUGAAGUAGAGAAUAGAACGUUGUUCGUUGCAGCAGUCGGUUGUUUAGAAGAUCGUUUCUUUUUCCUCGGCUGUCGCUUCUUAGAAGAUGUUGUUCGUGCAGUGGAGGAUCUUACUUCCGGUUUUCUUCAGCUCGCAAAUAGCAUUUGCAAUAUUUGCGGGUACAAAGGAAGAUAUGUUGCUCUACAAACAUCCCGCGAAAGUUUGCAUUCCGAGAACCAUUCUGAACUUCAGCAAUACAGGCCUGACAAGAAUCGGAGACGUUUUCGCUAAUACCUCGGACAUAAGGGAGUUGUAUCUCGACAACAACGAAAUCGCGUACAUUUCUGAUAAGGCGUUCGACCUGAUGGAAGGACUAGAAAUUUUGAGCAUCUCCGGCAACAAAAUAUCUCUCCAAGAAUUGUCGUGGCUCCACUACCACGCAACAUUGCGAAGUCUGACUAUAAACAAUAACAAGUGGAGAAACCAGUACAGCGGUGAAUUCCACAUCUCAAACACAUUUGGAUAUUUACCGAAUCUGGAAAUCUUGUCAUUAAGAGAUGUCGGUAUUUAUCAAUUCGACGUUCCCCUUCUCAAAUUCACGCCUAGACUAAGGAAAUUGGACUUGUCGGAAAAUCACAUUGGAUCGUUCAAUUUCCUCGAUAAUAUACCGGAAACCAUGGAGACUCUUCUGUUGGAAAAGAACAAAUGCUCGUGCCAGGUUCGAAAUCUUCCAGUUAACAUCAGAGUUCUGUUUCUGAACGAGAACAGAAUAACAGAAUUGUGCAGUGUAGAUUGCUCGCAUUCGUACUCGCUGUCGUUAAAAGGGAAUGAGUGGUUGAAUAUUCUGAACGUGUCCGGCAACGCUAUCGACAACAUAAAGAGCGACGCAUUCAAGGACACAAUACAUGUGCAAACGAUAGAUCUAUCCCAUAAUUACAUAAGAUCGGUAUCGGAAGACGUUUUCCGGGGACUGUCUAGCCUGAAGGAACUUUGCAUGAGUCAUAAUUUGUUGCAGAUUGUGCCGAAUAUAGACUCGUUGAAUAGUUUAAGAUGCUUGGAUUUAAGCAACAAUUACAUCGAGGAUGUGACGAAUUUGAACAAGUUGAAGUUCAUCGAGACGCUAGAAUGGUUGGAUUUAUCGAAUAACCGCAUCAAAGUACUUCCCAUGAUGCUAAUUAACCAUAAAAAAUCCUUUGAAUGGAAUCUUUUGCUGAAAAAUAACAGUAUCGUGGACAUCGAUUACCUGUUUACGGAUAAGUGUUUGGAAGUACAGCUUAUAUUGCAUCUUCAGGACAAUCCUUUCUCGUUCUUCAAGUUCAACAAGUUAACGGUACACACGAAAGAACUUGUGCUGCCUAGCGUGGAGAACAACACAAUAUUGAGCGAGAGUUCAGAAGAAUUCUCAAUAUAUUCUGACGAAAACUAACGAUCUCGAUGCCCAUAUAUCUUACCAUCUACGUUUUGUAUACUGUACCAGAUGAUCUCGAGGAUUUCACGCGCGAGUUUCUACGUGGUUUUCAACGGGGCGACUACUCUUCACACGAAAUGUAGAAGAAGAAGGUUCGUCGACAUCUUUACAUUUUUCAUUUUUAUUACCAUUCCCGCUAUGCUUCAAACAUUAACGUUAUUGUUGUUUCAUUGCAAAUACAACGUCUUUGUAUUUUGUAAACGAUUGAUAUAAAAUAAAUAUUCGCAGUACGUCAA